UGGUCCUAAAUAACUCUCCAGUAUACCGAAACAUAUAAGAAAUCUACCAAAACACUUACAUACUAAAGUAUUAACUUAUCCUAUAUUAUAUAUCCUGCAAAAUCACUUACUUACUUAAGUAACAUGCAGUAAAAGGUAAACUUAUUUUUAUCCCCAAAAAGGUUGAAUAACCACAUAUAAAGUUAUGACCUUGAAAAGUUGCAAAGUUUUGAUUUUGAAAACUUAGAGGGAAAGGAUUGAACCCCACAAGGGUUCAACGGCUACCUUCUUAUAUUUCAUACAAUAUGUAUAUAUAAUAAGUCCAAAGUGCCACCGACCACGACCACACACCCACCUUUUUACCUUUUUCUUCACCAUUUAAACCACUCUUGCCUCUCAUGGCUCCAACCAUUAAGCUUUGUAAUAUACCUCUCAAAUUCAAAGCUUCAAUCUUUUGGUCUAAAAUCCCCAAAAAAUGCCUAGAAGAAAAUUGCCCAUCUUUCACAAAGUCUCAAAAAUGCUUAAAGUUUCAAUCUUUAUGUCAAAAAUGAGAAAACCCAUUAUUCCAAAGCUUGUUGUGUUUAUGAAAUCACAGAAAUUGGUGAGGAAUUUCAAAGUCAAUCUUGUUCAAAAUCAUAAGAAGUAUUAUUACAAUUAUGGGUAUAUUACAGAUUAUGAGUUCUCUCCUUCUAAGACUCAUCCUCUAAUUGGGUACCAAAGAAAGCAAAAGCAUCAAAAUCAACUUGGAUUUGGAAUUAGCCUCCAAAGAGUUUAUUCAAUGCUUUUUCUUUGUAAUAACUUUCCAGCCGUUGAUGAAGAAAUCAAAGUCAAUUGUGGAGCGUUGGAUUGGGAUGAUCAUGAUGAAGAAGAAGAAGAAGAAGAAGAAGAAGAAGAAGAUGAUGGUUCGAUUGAUUUAAAAGCUGAGAAGUUUAUUGAAAGGUUUUAUGAAGAGAUGAAAAUGCAGAGGCAAGUGUCACUAUGAAAAAUGGUCAUUUUUCAAUUUCAUGCACAUUUGUUAAUUUUUUCUAUUUUUUCUUGCUUUUUGGUUAUGUAUUACCCUUUGUCAGAUUUUUUUUUUUGAUAAAGGGUAUAUUCAAAUUUUUGUUUUUGUCUAUUUAUUAUAAUUGUAAUUGAGUGAAAGACUUGAGGGUUGGUUUUGUAUUCUUUGAUAAGAGACAUUAAUCUAAGUCGGUUUUCAAUGAAUUUUUCUGUUUCUUAAAUUCAUAGAAGAAGAACACUCACAUGGGCGAUUGUAGAAAAUGAUUUUCUUCAAUAAUAAUUACUGACAUAUAAAUUUCCGGGUAAAUCUACCGUUUGGUGUUUUGGUAGA